AUGGAGUUGGAUGUCCGUCUAAGCCGCGAAAGAGAUGAACCCUGGGGCUUCCGACUCAUAGGAGGUGUAGACUUCGCCAUGCCACUCACUGUAGUCAAGGUGCUGCCUAACACUCCAGCAGAAAAAGCAGGUCUCCACAAUGGCGACAUAGUCUCCUCCAUCAACGAUGAAAAUGCUUCGACUAUGUCACAUGAGGACAGUCGAGCCGCUGUCGCUGCAGCGGUUGACUGGUUGACGCUCGGUGUGGUGCGUGGCCUCUACGACCCAGUGCUCGACGAUUACGAGCCAUUAUACGAGCCAAUAGACCAGGAGGAUUCCGACCAACCAUCGCUACCGACUGAGGUACCAGACCCUAGCACAGACAUAUGUCCAGAACUUAAUAACCUCUUACAACCUAUACACUUUAAUGGCAUCGAUCCUACGUCCUUAGGUCCUGAUGAUUUUGACAAAUCCUUUUCCAGGUCUUUGACUGCGUCUCCUUAUGUAGGUCAGGCGAAACCUUUUAGGCCUUUUUCCACUGAGCCUCAGGAAAUUCCUCCUUUAGAAGAACCGAUUAUAUUAAAUCCAGAUUAUCAUGAUGUUUUUAAGGCAUUUGGUAUUGAUGACGAUUAUUUGCCGAAGACAAGAUUUAAAUUGCCAAUUUCGGAGCAAUAUGAUCCGGACCGUUCGAAACAAAAGAUGAAAAUUGGUAAAGAGGUGUGUGAAAAUGUAGAGAGCCAUGUGAAAGAAAUAACAGAAACUAUCGUUAAGCAAGAAGCAACCCUUACAGAGGAAAUGAAGAAAGAAGUUGAUUUAAAAACAAUUGAAAAAACAGCUACGAGCAUUGUAAAAGAUAGUUUAGAAAAAGCUGUAACCGUUGCUGAGGAAAUUAAAAGAGAAAUUGACGUUGAGUUGCAUGAAGUAUCUCUGAAUAGUUCUGAAAUUGUUGAAUCUAGUACAAAAUGUGAUAUUACUGCUACAACUACAGAAAUUGUUGAUUCCAACUCAGUUACUGCAACCGUGGUUGAUAAACUCGAAGAUAAAAGUAUAAUUGAAUCUAAACAAGAAUCUGUAAAUAUAGAGUUUAAAGACGCCGCCAAAGAAGUAAGUGAGCUAGUAAAUUUAAUUGAUAAAACCACUGAACAGAUUACAAAUCAAAAUGAAAGUUAUGUUGAAAUAAGUGAAAUAAAACAGUUAGGAGAAGAAAAACAAGGAAUUAUUCAGAAGAAGUUAUUCCAACCUGAAAUUAAACCAAAAGUGAAAGAAGAAGUUAUUCCGAAGACAUUAACCCAACCGGAAAUUAAAUCAAAAGAAAAACAAGGAGUUAUUCAAAAGAAGUUAUUCCAACCGUUUGUAAAUAAGAAAGAUAAAGAAGAAAUGCAGACGGUUGCUUUGGAGAAAACUUCGGUGUCACAAUCUGAAGUGGUUAAAAAAGAAAUAUCAGCAGAAAUGGCAAUAACAAAGGAAGAAUCUGCUAGUAUUAAAAAAGAAGUAAGUAAAACUGAGACAGCCGUAAAAGUUGAAGAAUCUACUGAAUCAAUACAAACCGCCGUUUUUAAAGGAGUCAGUGAGGUAAGGUCAGAUGCCAAAGAGGAAGUUUUAAUCAUAGGUGAAGUGAAGGCAGUUACUGAUGAAACUUCACAUGCCAUUGCUCAUACAGAGAUCAUGAAACAAAAACAAGAAACAUCAGUUCUUCAAUUAGCUGCAGAUGACGAUUCGAAAUUAGCUAAAAUGACUGAAACACACAAAGACAUAAAGAACGAAAUGGAAAUAAAUGGUUCUAAACUAGUAUUUGAAACUGAAACAAAAAUAGAUCAAGAAUCAACAUUUGUCGCUAAAACUGUAGAAAAAGAAGCGGAUAAACAACAGAAAUUAAUGCUACAGACAGAUCUACCUAAAGAGAAAUCUGAUGAAAAUAAUAAUACACCAACCCCAACAUCGACUGUACCCCCAACUCCUCUAACAGACGAAUAUAUAUUCAAACUAGAAAUACCCCUACCAAAACGCAGCGGAACUCCCAUACCCCGUGACUGUACUCCUACUCCCGAAGACGAAGAUCCCAAUAUCGUUAAGAAGAAAUUCUUGCCAUAUAUUGAUACUAAAAUUGAGGAUGAGAUCAAAUAUGAUCCUCCAUUAAAAUCACCUCCAACUUCUCCCAAGUACACUAAACCAGGACUACGAGGUGGUGCUGAUAAGCCAGAGUAUACCAAGGAAGAAAUACUGGAAAUUGAAAGAAAAUCAUCACUUCUUGCAACAGCCAUUGACCAGACAAUAAAAAGUAUAGAAGAAUAUAAAGAAGAAGUAGGUAUUAAAGAACAAGCACCCGACAACAACGUUGAAAGAGUAGAAGUUACAAACGAAUCCAACGGGGUUGUUUACAACGGUUACGCUAAAAUUGUAGAAACAACAUUUUAUGAUACAAAUUUGAAUACCACAAACAAUACUAUAACAGAUACAACUGUGCCUAAAAUUGAAAUGAACGGAACUAACAUGAAUUCCAAACAAGAUACUGUAAUAGAAGUUGCCACUACAGUGCAAGAUACUAGCGUAGUAGAAGGUACUACACAAAAAAUUGAAGAUUCUCGAGACUCAAUAGAAGGAUACAGGCAAGUUACUUUCAAUCCAGACGAAUUGCAAGAUGUUAUACAGGAACAAAGACAGGCGAGGAUAGCUGGUAUUCCGAUUUUAUCUCAAAGCCAAGAACGAGAAUUGUAUAAAAGUGCAUCUGGAGAAUUGCUAGGUACAGUACAUGGCAUUGUCGAUGGAUUGGAAGAAGCUGUGGUGGAGCCUAAGAUUGCUG